UAUACUCCGGAACAGUCAUAUCCUUGACAGUCAUCUGAGCAGUCUACUACAUGAGAGACAGCUCUCCUCCCAGAUCAGCUCUGAUGCCAAAUUGCAGAGAUGAAGACGAUUUGCAGAUGUUGGCCGGGAAACAGUUUGGGUGCUAUUUUCGUGUUCUGUCUGUUGCUGAUGUCGCAGGUAAAGACUGAUGGCAAGCUGGACAUUCGGUUCAUCAGUUAUUGGUCAGACGGAAGGGUUCACAGUGGGUACUGUUGCGAAGAAUGGUUUUCAUCCACGUGCUAUGAUGCAUGUGACCCGAUCUUUUCCGUGUGCGUUGAUGAUCCUCGGGAUGGGAAACCACGUGCUCUAUAUAGGGGGAUAACGGCAGGGAUGCACACUGGAAGCAAUGAUGUUGUUUUUGGCAGCAGCAUUCAAGGGACACCGAACCCUUUCAUUAUACAAGUGCACAAGGCUAUGCCGUCUGUGAUAACGGUAAAGGUGGUGGUGGCUGAUGAUGAUCUCCAAAGUGAAGAUGAUUACAUGGAUACUCUGACAACGUCCGCCAACAUCUCUGCGAGUGCCAAUAGGUUGAAAUCUUCAUAUGCACCUUAUCAACUGCACGGUAGAACCAGUUUAAAAAUUGAGGUCCGUGCCUACUGUGAUCCUUACUGGUACGGUUCUGCUUGUGAGACACACUGCAGAAAUACCAUCAAUGACCACUACAUGUGCAACUUCACCAACGGGGACAGAAUGUGCCUGGAAGGGUGGAAGGGGGGUAACUGUGAUGAGGACAUCGACGAAUGCAGUCAAACAGCCGACCUGUGUCAACAUGGUGGCAACUGCACAAACACACCAGGAAGCUUUGAAUGCCGAUGUAUGGAGGGAUUCACCGGAAGGUAUUGUGAACUCGUAACCAACCACUGUGCCCUGAAUAAGUGUCUGAACGGCGGCACCUGUAAUGGAAACGAAACACACUUUAGUUGCACAUGCCCUCUCCGAUGGUCUGGAGAGACAUGCGCAGAGGAGAUAAACCUAUGUGACAGCACCCCCUGUGACAGAGGAAACUGCACGUCCAAACCCGAGACUUCAGCACGGUUCAAAUGUGACUGUGAGUUUCCGUGGACUGGGGAAACUUGUGAUCAGAUUGUUGAUAUUACUAACAUCACCCUCCGUGGAGUGAUUGAUCGUAACAACAGAGACAAUCUGACUAGGGGCUUGACGAUAGUCAUCAACAAUCUGGGAAAAAUCCAGGGUCGGGUGAAUGUCGUGGCCUCAACCAGCAUCUGCGGGAGAAGCAUAUCUAGUGAUAUAGUCACGAACGUACAGUUCUAUGUGACCAUGGGAAAUGGAACCUUCCUAACCAGUGAUUUUGUAAGAGAGAUCUUCUCAUCAAACAGUGAUGCUGACAUCAACCAACGCCUCCCCCUCCCACUCUACCCAGCCAGAGAUGCAGAUGAACUGGAGACUGAUAUUACCAACCAAAAAAACAUAACAUGGGGAAUCUGGUUCAGGAGCAGCUGGUAUAAGGUGGUUGCGCCUCUCGCUACUGGGGUUGUGCUGGUGGCACUGUGUGUGGCAUUUUACAUCUAUAGACGAAAGGCGAACGCGUGGUGGGAAUUGGUUGAAGAAAAUGAAGGGUACAUCUCGUUUGAAAUGGGUGUGUUCAACGGUUCAAUGGAGAGCCUACACAAAAGUACCAGACUGAGUCAGGAUGAUGACAGAGUAUCUACAGGUGGUUAUACACGUCUUGGCGUCGGGGCCAGACUCAGCUCGCGUCGUGAUGUCACUUCUUAUAUCAAUCCCAUCCACGACACGCUGCCUCACGAGAACCAAUAUGCAUGUUUAGCUACACCAGACCACCAGACUGCCAUACUUGGUAGCCGUUGUCAGGAAUGGGACAAUGACUACUCUGUCAUCAAUGACGUCGAUGGAGAUGGCGCGACAGAGAGCCACACUUAUGAGGAUGUAUAUUUUUAAUAGGAAAUCAUGUCUUUCCAAGGUUAAAAGAAUAGUUAAGCUUAAACUAUGUCAGGGGCCAUUUUUCUCUAACCUAAGUACAAGCUGUAUGUUACAUCAGUGAAGUUAUUCCAACAUCUUUCCUUCAUUUAGGAUCAUCCUGAACAUUAUAUACCAAAAGCGUGUCUAGUGUUUGGUUGAAUUAUUAAUUGUAGAGAACAAAUAUGGUUUAGAAAACCUUAAUAUAUUUAUGCAUAUUUUCCUUGGCAUUGAUGGGCUUGGGUAUGACGGACAACGAACAUCUAUGAUUUCAACAAGGAAUAUCGAUUUUAUACUCAAUGUUUAUCACUUAUUCACAACAGUAUCAAUUAGUAUCAGAUAGAUACUUUAUGUAUUCUUUAUCUAUUGUGGUGACUAGCGAUGUUGACAGAAAUUCUGCCUUCACAAAUAAAUUGGCUAAUUCGGGUCUUUCAAAUGGUACUAUAUGCUUAACUGAAGACAUUCAAUUUUCAGGCAAAAAUUAACAAGACCACAAGUCACAGUACCAGCGAUCUUGACUGGCACAUAACCUCGCCGGGACCAAGUCCAGAAUCACUAUAGCUGGUUGAUUCUACAAUGACAAAUAUUCUAUUCUAAUUGGCCAAGGGGGCAUGGGUGGCCCAGUCGUCUAAGGCGCCGCGAUUCGCUGUGCAGAGUUGCGACCCUUGGGCACGCCAGAAA